UAGUUUGCGUAGUUCAUAUAUUUCAAUAAUAAACUGCGUAUAUAUACGUGAGUAAAUGACACUUGGAUUUAGUUAAAUUAUUUGACUAGUGUAGAUACAAUGGCUGUCGUUUAUUUGUUCGUAUUUUUGAGUGCGUUAAGUUCCGCGUUAACGGCUAACUUGAACGCAAGAAUGUCACAACGCACAGGAUUCCCGACGUCCAACACUCCCGCGGGGCUGACGUACCGCGGGCUGGUGGAGCGCAUGGCCAUCCCGGCUGAGCUGCAUCGCCGAGCUGAUGGCAGGCAGUACGCCAGCUUCGGAGACGCGCGGCCCAUCCACUGCUGCACGCCCGAACAGGUGGAGAAACUGUCUCAGACGACGCACCACUACUGCGACAUCUUCACGGAACAACUCCUGGCGCCGCUGGGAGAGCUCGGCUACGUGCGCAUCGACGAGAAUACUGCUGAGAAGGUGUUCAUCAACCGCAGCAAGCGCCUGCUGGUGGUGUCGAGCGACGGCGUGCUGGCUCAGUGGCGGUUGGCCCCGACCUUCGAAUCCGCCAACCUGUACGUGGCCGGCACGCCCGUCGUCAACCAGGCGGGGGAGCUGGUCUCCCUUGUCACCGCUAAGAGGGGGAACCAUUAUGCUGUGUCUACUUUUGAGGGAGAGGGCGGGUACUUCGACACAUCAGAAGCGUGGCAGGUCCGGGACAUUCCUGAGGGCCGCGGAGUAUACGGUGACCGCACCUUCCCCAGCCGCGACGAGCUGAGGGCCUACGUCAGCAGCCUCCCCCCCAUCGACGCCCCACCCACUGGUCCCCCCACCCCUAUUCUCUGGCGGGGCGCCACCCCCCGCCUCGUGCUGCUCGCUAAGAACGGCCGCCAGAUCUCGCACCAGUACCUGCACGGAGUCAGCGCGGAUAAUAUCGAGUACUUGUGAAGUGUUCUGACUAGGAGUAGUAAAUUCGCCACGACAGGAAUUGUGACGGAAUUGCUACCUACUGAUGUUGGUUUUGCUAGGAUUAAUUUUUAAAUACUUUAGUUAGUUAACAAGUUUGCAAGUGAUGUUUAGAUACACUGCGUUACUACAUAGACAACAUUUUCAAUUGUUGAGUAGUGUGUAAGUAAGUAAAUGACAACAAUUUCAUACAGUACAAAUUAUCACAAGAUAUAGGCCUAGUAAGCAUUCAAAAUACCACAUUAAUAUCAAAACAAAAUCAACAAUGCACUAUGUAGCUUCUGCCUUCUGCACACAUAAUUAUUAUUAGUUAACCGACCAGAAAACCAGAAAAUAUUUGUUUUUAUUAGUUAACUUUAAAAUAUUAUACUAAUAUGUUGAUUGCCAAAGACAUUAGCAACAAGUGCAGCAGUAGUGCAAAGAGAAGCGUGUUACUCGGUACGUUUUUCUUUCGUUCCCAGCAGACGCGCCGCGAGUGUAGCGCACUGGCGGCCAGUCUGCCGGGGGCGGCAGGAACACCUACUGGCUCAUACACGCUUCUCUAAGCAGGAAACUUGGAAUAAAUAAAUACUUAAGAAAUAAUCACAAGCAAAAUUAAGGAGAAAAAUAAUUCGUUGAAUUUUAUUUUUACUAUGACUAUGACUACUACAACUAAUUUUGUUUGAGAUUGCUCCUAUAAGUGCACAUUUUUAGGAUAGCAACAUUACAAAAUACCAAAAAGUAUUUGUAUCAUCAUAAACAUUUGUUACUUAUUUCUUAGAAAAAUAAAUGAAAAACUGAAUA